UGCCGUCUCAAGUGGAUUAACAGGAAAAUGCUGAUCAUAUUCCAUCUACUGCUGCUGUUCAGAGCGGGACAAUGCAACAAUGAUCUGAUCUUUGAGACAAAGAUUGUUGAUGUUGGAGACGAUGUGAAGUUGACAUGUCCCCGACAGACAUCUGAUCACAGUAUCAACUUAUUUUGGAUCAGACUUGUUUCUGGAGACUUGCCUGAGUUCUUGGGAGGAACAUUUUCCUUUGAUUAUGAUGGUGUUAAUAAGACUCCUCGCAUCACAGCCAAACAAGAGCCGGGAACUUUUAUUCUGCUUAUCAGUAAAACAGAGCUAAGUGAUACUGGAGUUUACUAUUGUAUAAAAGCAAAGCAACUUGGCGUGACAUUUUUGAAAGGAGCAUUUCUGAGGAUUAAAGGACCUGAACCUGAUAUCACUGCAAUUGUUCAAGUCCCUCCAUCUGAUCCAGUUCAUCCAGGAGACUCAGUGACUCUGCAGUGUUCAGUCCUCUCUGACUCUGAGAAGAAAAUGUGUCCAGGAGAUCACAGUGUGUACUGGUUCAGAGCCGGAUCAGAUGAAUCUCAUCCCAGCUUAAUUUACACUCAUAGAAAUAGUAGUGAUCAUUGUGAAGAAAACCGUGAAGCUCACUCUCUACAAAAAUGUGUCUACAACUUCCCCAAGACCGUCAGCUCCUCUGAUUCUGGGACUUAUUACUGUGCUGUGGCCACAUGUGGAGAGAUCAUUUUUGGAAAUGGAACAAAACUGGACAUUGAAGCACUCAACAUGUGGGAUUUACAGAAGAACAAUACAGUUCUGUUUCUGUUAUGUGCUGCUUUGACUAUAAGUCUGAUUGUUAUAGCCUUCCUGAUCUACACCAUCAAGAUGAAAAGCUUUGAUUGUUAUAAAGCUGCAGGUUCUCUGCAAACAGAUGCUACAACAGCCAGUGGUAAUCAGCAAAGACAGCAGAGAGAUGAGGACUCAUUGGUUUAUUCUGCUCCAGCAUUCACCAAAAAGAAAGCUGGCAAAGCAGAAAGAAGGAAUACAAAAACCACAGAGGGAGAGACAGUCUACACUGAUGUCAGGGGCCUUUGAAAAAGAUUAAUAAUCCAAACACAGAAUUAGCUAAUAAAUGCUCACGCACUAUUUGUGCACAUCACACCUCACGCCUCACAUCAAUUUCACAUCUGAUACUGGUAAGCGUAUUUUAUUUUGAUAACCAUAAAAAUCUUAAAUGUAUAAUUAUAAUAUUUUCUCCAGUCUCUUUCCAUAACUGAAUGACUUUUGAAGCUGUUAUUUUCUAAACAGGCGUCAAUUAUAAUGAUGCAAAAAUGCUCACAUUUUUUCACAUGUUUAAUGGCUUUGUGUAUCGACAGCAUUGUGUAUUACCUAUUAGGUCUUGUUUCAUUUCUCAGCUUUUUUGUUUUUUUAUCUUCAGGCGGUUGAUCACGCUUCCACUCAAACAGGCCUUUUGAAAGAUUUAACUUGAGUGGUCGGUUUAGGGAUAUUUCCGGUCUCUUUUGUCCCAUAUGCAGUUUUAAGUCCCUUAACUAUGUGUAAAUGCAGUGUAAAACUAUUGUAUUAAAUAAAACUGAUGUUUGUGGA